AUGACGCAGCCAUUCCAGCGACUUGCUCAUUCACAAUACAAAGGACGCCAUUGUGAAUUCUGUUUGUUAUCCGCUUCAGUCAAGGCGAAAUUUGGAAUCGCGACUGAAGAAAAAGUGCUCUGGACUUUCCUCCGCGGCUUUGGCCUUUCGAACCACUGCGUUGGCUUCGUCCUCUUUGCAGUCACGAUGAACCGCCUCUUCGGUGCUAAGAACAAUGCGCCCAAGCCAACACUCAACCAGGCAAUUACAGGAGUAGAAACGAGGAUAGACUCGAUCGAUGUCAAAUUAGCCAAGCUCAACGCUGAGCUGACCACCUAUCAGCAGAAAAUGGCCAAGAUGCGCGAUGGUCCUGGGAAGAACGCCAUCAAGCAGAGGGCACUGAAAGUUCUACAGCAAAGGAAGAUGUACGAAUCACAAAAGGACAACUUGAUGCAGCAGUCUUGGAACAUGGAGCAGGCCGGCAUGAUGCAGGACAAUCUCAAGAAUGUCAUGACCACUGUUGAUGCUAUGAAGACUACCAACAAGGAAUUGAAGAAGCAGUACGGCAAGAUCGACCUUGACAAAAUAGAGCAGAUCCAAGACGAGAUGGCUGAUUUGAUGGAAAUCGGCAACGAAAUCAGCGAGAGUAUGGGUCGAGCCUACGAUAUUCCAGACGACGUGGACGAGGCGGAACUCGAUGCUGAGCUGGAAGCUUUAGGAGAAGAGAUGACCUUUGAACAACAAGCUGAGACUGCUGGUGGAAUGCCUGCCUUUAUGCAAGAUGAGGCACUACCGACGUUUGUCGACGAGCCCCCCGAGUCGAAAAAAGUCGCUGAACCUGCUGGAGGAGCACCUUGA